GUUUUAGGGUUAGGUUGCACCAUAACCUAAACCAGCCGUCAGCCGCAUCCACGCUUUAUUUUUUUUUAUCUGUAUCUCACUCAGGGUCUCUCCAGUCUCCUGCUUCUUUCCACGGCAUAGAUCCUCGUCGUCCCCGAUCACCGAGACACUGAUUUCAGAUAAGAAAUAUGCCUCCAAAAUCAGCAAAAUCGAAAGAAGCACCAGCUGAGCGACCAAUCCUUGGAAGAUUCUCCUCUCACCUCAAGAUUGGCAUCGUUGGAUUACCAAAUGUUGGCAAAUCUACUCUUUUCAACACAUUAACAAAGCUAUCAAUUCCUGCUGAAAAUUUUCCCUUUUGUACCAUUGAGCCUAAUGAAGCACGGGUUUAUAUCCCUGAUGAAAGAUUCGAAUGGCUUUGCCAACUGUAUAAGCCAAAAAGCGAGGUUUCAGCUUUCUUGGAAAUCCAUGAUAUAGCUGGACUGGUUAGAGGUGCCCAUCAGGGGCAAGGCUUGGGCAACAAUUUCUUAUCUCACAUUCGUGCAGUUGAUGGCAUUUUUCAUGUGUUACGUGCAUUUGAAGAUCCAGAUAUUAUUCAUGUUGAUGACUCUGUGGAUCCGGUGAGAGAUCUAGAGGUUAUUGGUAAUGAGUUACGACUAAAGGAUAUUGAAUUCAUGGAUAGAAGAGUAGAGGAUCUUGAGAAGAGCAUGAAGAGGAGCAACGACAAGCAUUUAAAAAUAGAGCACGAGUUGUGUGAAAGGGUUAAGGCAUGGCUUGAGGGGGGUAAAGAUGUUCGCCUAGGAGACUGGAAAGCUGCUGAUAUUGAGAUAUUGAAUACGUUUCAGUUGCUAACUGCCAAGCCUGUUGUUUACCUGGUUAACAUGAAUGAGAAGGAUUACCAGAGAAAAAAGAACAAGUUCUUGCCCAAGAUUCAUGCUUGGGUGCAGGAACAUGGGGCUGAACCAAUUAUUCCUUUCAGCUGUGUGUUAGAAAGAAAUCUUGCCGAUAUGGCACCAGAUGAAGCAACAAAGUAUUGUGAGGAGAACAAGGUACAAAGUGCCCUUCCAAAAAUCAUAAAGACUGGAUUUUCUGCAAUUAAUCUCAUAUAUUUCUUCACUGCUGGCCCUGAUGAGGUGAAGUGCUGGCAAAUCAGAAGACAAACAAAGGCCCCUCAGGCUGCAGGAACAAUCCAUUCUGACUUUGAGAGAGGGUUUAUAUGUGCUGAGGUCAUGAAAUUUGAUGAUCUCAAGGAGCUUGGCAGUGAGUCAGCUGUUAAGGCUGCUGGGAAGUAUAGACAAGAAGGGAAGACCUAUGUUGUCCAAGAUGGAGACGUCAUAUUCUUCAAGUUCAAUGUAUCGGGUGGUGGAAAGAAAUGAUAUACAUCUGUAAUGGGCUGUGGAGUAAUUUAAGGAAAUCAAAUUUGAUUGUGUGAUUCAUUGUUUUUGGGGUCACAUCUUUAUGACAGGGAAAGGGAAAGGCUCAAAGGCAUGAGUUUUCCACCUUUGGAUUUAUACUCGGUGGAUGUUGGUGGAUCCCAUCAAACAUUAAAUUUUAUUUUAGGAUUAUUAUUUCAAUAUAAGGAUGGAGGCUCAACUGCUCAAGUUCAUAAAGUUCCCAGUCUCCACAGCCUCGGCUAAAGAUAAAAGUAAUUGUAUUCUGUUUUGCAGUUUGUAGAACUUGUCUUUAAAAUGGAUGUUAUACAGCAAGAGUGUGAGUGCAAACGUUUUAAGAGCUGAGAGGAGCCAAUAGAUGCUGGUAUGUAUUUAUUAUGCAAAUUGCCUAUUGCCUUCACAAAUUUUGAUCUAGAUUUUCACUUCUCAUCCUCA